UGGUCAGACGAAGAUGUAUUCCAGAAUGCCAGGAAGUGGGUGAUUGGGACCUUCCAGCAUAUCUUAUUUGACGAAUGGCUGCCAGCCUUCCUUGGACAAAGUGUCCCAGAGUACACAGGUUACAAGAAACAUGUGGAUCCUGGCAUUUCACCCGAGUUUCAGUCAGCAGCUAUGAGAUUCAUCUCUUCCAUGGUGCCUCCAGGCGUGUACAUGAGAACCCAAAUUUAAAGCUUCCACAAGAUGUAGAUGAUCUGAUGCUGGGGAUGGCUUCUCAAAUAGCAGAGCGAGAGGACAAUAUUGUGGUGGAAGAUCUAAGAGAUUACAUGUAUGGAAGCUUGAAAUUUUCAAGGACAGACUUAAUGGCUCUGGACAUCCAACAGGGACGAGAUAGUGGUCUUUCCAGUUACAACCAAGCACGUCAAGUAUUUGAUCUAGAGCCAAGGCAGAACUGGAUGAGUAUCAACCCUAAUCUAACCGAAGACAACCCACAGCUCUAUACUCAGUUGGCUGAACUGUAUGACAAUGACAUUUCCAAACUGGAGAUUCUCGUUGGAGGUCUAUUAGAAAGUUUUGGCAAUCCUGGGGAACUCUUUACUGCCAUUAUAAAGGAUCAAUUUGAACGGCUACGAGAUGGAGACAGAUUCUGGUUUGAAAAUCACAAGAAUGGGCUAUUUACAGCAAGUGAUCUUCAAACCAUUCGGAAUACCUCUUAUUACGAUGUUUUGUUGGCAACAACAAGUGCAGAAACAGGAGACAUCCAGCGGAAUGUGUUCUUGUGGAAAAAUGGUGGACCCUGUCCUCAGCCCAAGCAGCUGACCGAGAGCGACCUGGAGUCUUGCGUUCAGCUUACCACAAUUAAUUAUUUUGAAGGCAGUUGUGCAGGUUUUGGAAUCCUUAUUGUGGCUCUUUGCUGUUUCCCUUUAGCGGCCCUUUUACUAGCUUUGGCUUUCUCUUGGCUGCACACCAAAGAAAAAGUUAAGUUACAAAAAAAAAGGCAAGUGGAAAGAAAGAUGACAGAUUCAGGAGCAAGCUUAGCAGUCUUUGAGUGGCAAGGACCUAAAGAGCUGAGAAGAUGUGUCGCUGUUCAUUUAGAACCCAACAAGUCCAUCAAGGUUUUGGACAGCAAACUUGCUUUGAUCCGCAUCAUUAACCUAAGUACCUACAGUGACAUCCAGAUCAUCCAAUCUAACAAUAGUGAUCAGAAGACUUUGGUUCUGAAGGUACCUAAAGAGUAUGAUCUGGUGUUGAUUUUCGAUGGAGUUGAGGACCGCAAUGGUUUUGUGAGGGACUUGGAAACGUACCUAAACGAAAACAACAUAAAUAUGCAGAAUACUGACACAAAGGAACAUGUCCUCUUGAAAAAUGCUGUGACAAAGCGGCAACGCCUCAAGACUUUAGACACAUUCUUCCGCCAUGUGUUUGCACAGAUCCUGGAUAUCGAUAAGUCAGACGCUGGGGAUUUUGACAAUGAAGCCUCGAUCAGGGCAAAGGAUUCUCUGGAGUGCGAGCUCACGCGCACAGAGUUUGCUGACGCACUGGGACUGAAGGAAGACUCCUCCUUUAUGAAUCAGAUGUUUUCACUCGCAGACAAAGACGGAAAUGGCUUUCUGUCCUUCCGUGAGGUCUUGGACAUCUUUGUGAUUCUGAUGAAAGGAUCCCCCGAAGAAAAGUCCAAGUUAAUGUUCAAGAUGUAUGACAUUGACGGCAAUGGGUUCAUGUCAAAAGAAGAAUUCUUGAAACUGCUGAGGUCCUUUAUUGAGAUCUCUAAUAACUGCUUAUCAAAGGAACAGACAGAAGAGGUCAUGGAAUCGAUGUUCAAUGAUGCAGGAUUUGCAGAUAAGGAAGAGCUAACGUGGGUUGAUUUCCAUUACCUCUUCCGAGAUCAUUACAAAGAACUGGAGUUAGCUCAGCUCAACGUGAAAGGUGUCGAACAAAAUAAGCGUAACAGACCCGAGCGAGUUUCAUUCAUCAAGAAGAAAACACAAACCGAGAUGAAGAACGAUGCCGAAAACCAACCAGAACCCAGUUCAUCUACAAGCGUGGAAAGUUUGGGUCCAGAUAUCCGAAAGCGUUUUGGCAAGAAACACUCGUCAAAGACGGUCUUCGCAGAAGCGAUACGUCAAAAAUAUAACAGGAACAAAAUUCACCAGAAGAUUGAAGAAUGGAAACGGUUCAUUCAAAACUACGAACGGCAGAUCUUUUGCACAAUCAUCUUCUUUGGCAUCACUGCUGGCGUAUUUAUUGAACGAGCCUAUGUUUACGCAAUUUUAAGGGAACAUUCGGGAGUUCCAGAGACUACAAGACCCGGCAUCAUCAUUGCCCGUGGAUCAGCAGCUGCCGCCUCGUUCUUGUAUUCCUACAUCCUGCUCACCAUGUGCCGUAACCUCAUCACAUUCCUGCGUGAGACGUUCCUCAAUCAGUACAUUCCCUUUGAUUCUGCCGUGGAUUUCCAUCGCUUGAUUGCGAACGUUGCCAUAGUAUUUUCAGUGCUACACAGUGCAGGUCACUUUGUCAACAUCUACACCUUUUCUGUCAAUCCACUCAACGUUCUUGCCUGUUUAUUCCCUGAGAUACUCCAUGACGAUGGGUCUGAACUUCCUUUGACGUAUUACUGGUGGUUCUUCCAGAAUAUUACAGGGAUGACUGGCGUUCUCCUCCUUUUCAUCUUCGCUAUUCUGCAUGUCUUUGCCAUGCACCACUUCCGUUCUGUUAGCUUUUGGGCGUUCUGGGUAUCCCACCAUCUCUAUAUAGCGAUAUACAUCUUGAUCAUUUUGCACGGUAGUGCAUUUAUCCAGCCACUGAGAUUCCACCUGUACUUUAUAGUCCCCACCUUGAUCUUUGUUGGAGACAAAAUGAUCAGCUUCGGCAGAAAAAAAAUCAAGAUUGCAGUCCUGAAUGCGGAACUGCUGCCCUCAGGAGUUAUUCAUCUGGAAUUCAAACGCCCCCAAGACUUUACCUACAAAUCUGGUCAGUGGGUCCGUAUUGCGUCCCUCAACCUGGGAUCAAAUGAAUACCACCCCUUUACCCUGACUUCAGCACCUCAUGAAGAGACCCUCAGCCUUCAUAUCCGAGCUGUCGGACCCUGGACAAUCCGCUUACGAGAAACAUAUUCUCCAGAAAACGUAUUAUUACAUGGUGGUUACCCGAAGCUCUUCCUGGACGGGCCCUUUGGUGAGGGACACCAGGAAUGGAAUCAAUUUGAAGUGUCCAUUUUGGUGGGAGGAGGGAUAGGUGUGACACCUUUUGCAUCCAUUUUGAAAGACCUCGUCUUCAAGUCAACCAUCAACAGCAAAGUGUUCUGCAAAAAGAUCUACUUUAUCUGGGUGACUCGGACUCAGAAGCAGUUUGAGUGGAUGGAGAACAUCAUUCGUGAAGUUGAAGAUAUUGAUCAAACAGACCUGGUCUCUGUUCACAUUUACAUCACCCAGUUAGCAGAGAAAUUUGACUUGCGGACUACCAUGCUGUACAUCUGUGAACGGCACUUUCAGAAAGUAUCGAACCACAGUUUGUUUACAGGACUUCAGUCAAUCACACACUUCGGACGCCCACAAUUUGUGCCUUUCUUUAAGUCUCUCGAGGAAGUGCACCCAGAGGUUGCAAAGUUUGGAGUGUUUAGCUGUGGACCCCCAGGAAUGACCAAGAAUGUUGAAAAAGCCUGUAAGCAAAUGAAUAAACAGCACCUGAUCCAAUUCUGUCAUCACUACGAGAACUUCUAAGCUCCCACCAAACUGUCCCCUCCCAAUUCUACUUCUGAACCCCACAAACGCAAUUUUAAAGCUUUCUCAAAUACAUAUUCUGCAACUUUGAGAAUUUAUUUUCUAUCACCUAAUGGAACAUAAAUGUGAUUUUUCUUUGCUUUUGCUGGGAGCGGUCAAUACAGAUGCAGGUGCCGCAUUGUGGAUAUGAUUAUUCAACAACAUUUUAUUUGCUUCAGAUUAUGUGAUGGUUAGAACUGCUAAUGUAUUCUGAUUUUUUUAAAUAAAUCUAUGAACUACA